AUGGCGAACGUACCGUUGCCCGUCUAUUUCGGUCCGUCGGAAAAUUUGUCUCCCGAGGAACGGGCCGAGCGGGAGCGGCUGGAGCGGCAAGAGGUAGCCCGAUGGAAGCAUCGAUUCCUUCGCCUGGAUGCGAUCAAACCGGGCGAAACGGCCGAGGCGCAGGAGAUGCGCUGUCUGGACAAGCGCCUCGUGCACAUCGAACGUGAAACGACCCAAAAGGAACUGCUGCUCAAGGUAAGGCACGCACCGGUGCAUCGUCGCGAGGCCGAACGAUGCCGCACCAUUAUUCUACGUCUGCUCGACGAAACGACCGAAACGAACCAGAAGAUCGCGGCCACCAAGAUCGACAUAGGAGAAUUGGAAUCCCAGAUCAAGCGUGCCCACCUGGAGCUGCAAACGGUCACGAAGGCCAUUCCGUCGGAUUUUCUGUUCGCCGAACAGUUGGAGCGUUCGUGUCGCCAGGUGGCAGCCCUGGAGUCACGCCUUCAUCAUGUGCGGACCCAGGAAAGUCAGGUGCACACCGAAAACCGUAAGUUGCGUGAGCAGCUCGAGGGAAUGCUCGAGGAACGGAAACGCUAUAACCGCCAGUGGCAACAGUACGUCCAGCAGCUUGCCCGGAAUCGCAAGUUUCUGAUCGACAUGAUCGAACGCGCCACACUGGCCUUUAACCAGAGCGAGGAGCUGUGCCACCGGAUCGAAUCACUGAAGGCGCAGGAAGCGCGCGAAACACGCCAGCAAGUGAACGAGAUGAUCGAAGUAGACCGCCAGAUUGUCGGCACACGUCACACCAACGCAUUCCUGCGUACGAAAGGUGCCACGAGAACGGUGGCCGAUCUGGAUCCGGCCAUCGUUGGCAAGCGGAAUCGUUUCAAGCGGGGCUGCCUCGACCGGAACACCCGCUACCGGACAAUCAUCGACGGUACACAGGAAGCACUGCAGCUCCAGUCGAUGCACGAUGUGCUGGCGCUGAUCGAACGGCAGCAGGAUAAGUAUAUGGCGCUAUUUAAGUACGCGAACGAAACGGAUGCCCAGCUCGAGGCUGCCACGGAGAGGGCACGCGAGCUUGAAGAAGCGGCUGACGAGGCCCAGGAAACCUAUCGUCGAAAGCGACUCGCUCACGAACGCAAGGAGAAACAGACCGAGGAGCAACUGGAGCAGGCACGCCAGGAAACGGAGCAGCUUGAGGAGGACGUUUCGUUUCAAGAGGCCGCUCUCGAGCUAAAGCUGGAAACCGUCGAGCAGGCGCUGGAGUUGCUGGGGUUCGAACGUUCGGCCAUUGUCGCACUGAUGGGUGGCACAACCCGCACCGAUCGUCAGAAGCUUACGAAGGAAGCACUCACCAAAGCGCUGGCUGCCAUCGAACGGAAAGUGAUGGAGCUGGUGAAACGCCGUCUUCCGGAGGGUACGGUUCCUCGUGACACUGAGGAACGAGAACCAGAAGCGGUAGCCGCACUGUGCCAGCAACAGUGUGCCGAGUGUGCGGAAGGACAGGACGUCAAUCAGCACGACGAACACAUCGUCCAACCGACCGAGGACGAGCGUAUGGCGGAGAACGUACGGAAGCGGAUGGGCGCACCGGAAAUGCAGUACCGGCUCCACACGCUCAGCCAGUGCAAGCUGCCCCGUUCUCGUAUGCUGGUCAACAAGCGCUACCAGUAG